AAAGAUUGCCCAUCGUUGUCCAACGCCGUCCAACGAUCAUCCAGCACUGUCUAACAGUUUCGAAAUGGCACCUUCGAGAGCCUACGUCCCCUCCCGAGCCCUGUUGCGCGCCCUGUGGCGCCCUCUGCCUCCCCGAUGCCCAUUUGCGCGACCGCUUCCGUCCCAAUUCCUUCGCGGCAAACGCACUAGAGCGGCCAAACCGGAGAAAGACGCCCUCAAAUCCAAUAUCUCCCGUUCUCUAGGCUUGAAGCUUCCAAGUACAGUCGAAGAAGCUGAAAAGAUCAUCAGCCCUAUCCCGGACGACAAGCUCGACGAUCCAAACAUACCUGUGGUAUCCUGGUACGAGCAGGAUCUCGACAAUGCCUCGUCUGAACGCUUCAUAUCGCGCAUCGCCACAGUCGAGGAUCGCCGGAAGCAUAAUGAGUUAUCUAGGAUGCUCGAAGAAGACGCGAACAACCCCAACUACGACGACGCUGUGCUCAACCGCCGAUUGCUCGAUGACCUCAUGACGAAUCCGAACUUUGGGGACCUGACCGAGGAGCUGCAAGCUUUGAAGGCGGAUAUCAUGACGAAGGAGGAGAGCAGGGCUAUGGAGGAGAAGAUACGAAAGGAACAGGAGCAUGAGCUCAAGGAAUUGGAUGCGUCGUUGAGGAUGACUACGCACGAGUCAAUACAGGAUUUGAUCAAUGAUCCGGAGCUUGCGGAUGCGAGAGGGGAGUUGCUGGAUCUGCAGGAUAAGAUGCCCGAGGCAGACGAUUUGGAGAAUCCAGAGUUCCAGGCCGCGCUGCAGAGGGUCGAGACAAAGCUUGCGGGUAAUGAGGCGUUCAGGAGGAAGCUGGCUGCUCUGGAAGAACAAGAGGACGCUCACUUCGACGAAGACAGCCACAUCGAGAACGAGAUCGAUCAGCUGAAAGAAAACGACCCAAUUGACACACCCGAAGAUCUCGACAAGCUCCUGGUGCAGAUGAAGGACCUCAUGCAUUCCAUGGGCGGCGACAAGCAGCUGGAGGCCGAACUCGACGCCGUCAUCAAGGAGGAUCCCUUCGCCGAGUCUGAAGGCGACCUCGAAAAGGAGAUGGAUUUCGAAGAGCUCUCGGAGGAACUUGCAAAGCUCGCAAAAUCGCCAACAGCCGCACAAGCGAUUGACGAGCCGGACGAGAAGCUGGACCCCGAGCUCGAGGCCAAGGUCGACCAGAUCAUGCAAGAUCCAAAGUUGAUGGAGAAGCUCAUGUACAUUCGGAACUUUGUUGCCGAAGAGCAGAGGAAGGCAGCAGAGCUCACCAAUAUCCAGCACCAGACCGCCCCCGACCCGCUGACUGUAGAACCCUCCAAGCUCACGAGCAUACAGCAGCGGCUGCAGAUGGCGCAAAGCGAUCCCGAACACAUCGCCGCCCUCCGCCGUCUCCGCGUCAACCUCCUCCCGCCCUUCAACAUCUCGCCAGCCCUGAAAUCCUUCAAUCAAGCUAUCGAACUCUCAUACCUUGGCGCAAACGACGACAUCCGCCGCAUCCUCUGGCGCGCAUAUUCCAAAGCGCGCACGCUUCCUACCUUCCUCCAGAACCUUUCCGAAGAUGCAUGGGACCUUCUAUACUACUCGCAGGCGGUGACUUGGGGAAGUAAUCAGAACCGGCAGAACCAUUUGAGGUUGCUGUUACAGGAUUUGAGGAGCGUGGGGAGGGAUGGGCCGCCAACGCAUCCGAGCACCCUGGCGCGGGAUAAGGACGAGGAGUAUAAUGAGGCGUAAUGGUGGAUCUUGACAUAAUACGUGUAGAAAAUAGGCCAGAAGGCAUGUACAAUAUGCUGUGAUACCCCAAGCGCCGAGGCGCCCAGACUAGCUCGUGAAUGCCGACUGCAUCACCCGUAUGAUGCAAAGGUUCUGUAUUCCCGGACUACUAGUCUCGUCUCGUCAAAUUCCGGGCAUUCCCUACCGAAAAUGCCACUACGCAUUCCA